UGCAGCGUAGUGAAGCGACGUCGUUUGGUAUGUCCAGCGAUGAACCAGCGUCCGUAACGAGGAUAGAAAAUAGAAAGUACAACGAAAAUGGGGCAGUGAAGUAGAAGAAGAGGGCGACAAUGAGCGAAGCCGAAGCUCCAAAGCUUUACACCAACAAACCUAAGAAAUCCCAGCUGAGGCCGCGCCACCAGCUACUGCGAGAGCAGGCACCGCCUUCCCCGUUCUCUUCUUCGUCGUCAAUGGGGACUCUGCCGCCCUCAAAGACUGGGCCCCCGCCUCAACCCCCGAGGGAAUCGUUCGCUAGGCGUUAUAAGUUCUUCUGGCCUCUUCUCCUCACUGUCAAUCUCGCUGUCGGAGCUUAUCUGUUCAUGAGGACAAGCAAGAAGGAAACAGGUGUAGAGGAAGAAGAAACACAGAAGGUUCCUCCCUCUGCAAGUCCAACUGCUACUGCUGUUGUAGUUGUUCCAGAUACCGAGCAAACACCAUCCCCUGCGCUUGUAACAAAACCUGUAAUAUUGCGAGAACCAAUACCCGAGAAUCAGCAGCGUGAAUUGUUCAAGUGGCUACUGGAGGAGAAGAGGAAGGUGAAGCCAAAGGAUCCCGAGGAGAAGAAACGCAUUGAUGAAGAGAAAGCCAUCAUCAAACAGUUUAUUCGAGCCAAAUCUCUUCCAAGUUUGUGAUUCAUAAUAAUUUCUUCUAGUUUCACAACCCCAGAGAAUUAUUCUAGGGUUGGAAUCCGGUUAUUGUCAAUGUUAUCAUUGCUCUCUCUUUCCUGCUUUAGGAUCAUAAAGUUUGCGACUUUGCUUUUGGCGGAAUAUUACCAAUCUAGAUGUCUUCUUGUGUCUGCUUGGAGAUGAAGUCAGCUCUUUUCUUUCUUAUGUGAAUAUCAGUGCCUAAUUUUGGAACCUUGGUGCCUGUGCCCUGUUUAACAGUGCAUUCGAGAGGAGGUGAUGAAUGAAAAAAGGUGGAAUCACUUUCAAUCCCCUUUGGUUCAAGCCUUAACAUUGAAUGAAAAUUUACCUUUGUGUAUAAAUUACAUUCUAUCUGUCUUCA